UCCGAACAACACACCAACACCAUGACUGACGCCGAACCCCUCAAGAAACCGCGCAAGAGCGUCGCCUUCGCCGAAGAACAAACCAUCGUCGACGGCGACGGCUCCAUAACGGAAACCAACGGCAACGGCAUCCACGAUGGCGACAAGGGUUCCGCCGAGAGUCAUACCAAGGGCGCUGGUGACGGGGAGGUGGACGAGAUGACGGACAUGUUCGCUGGACUGGCCAAGAAGAAGAAGAAGAAGGUGCCGAAGAAGGAAGUAGAGGAGGAAGCGGUGGCAGACGAUGGCGAGGCAGAGAAGGCAGCACCUGCCCCAGAAGGCGACGAUGCGGAGGUAGACUUAUCCGCACUCAAGAAGAAGAAAAAGAAGAAGCCCAAGGCGGCCGCAGAAGACGACUUCGAAGCCAAACUCGCCGAAGCGGGUGCCGUCGAAGACACAACCACCACCCCAGCCGCAGACGCCGAACCCGCGCAAGAACAGCAAACCGGACUCCAAGACGGCGACCUCCUCCACGGAACGGGCGUCUACUCCCACGACUCCACCGCGGUGAUAAACUACGAGAGCUUGCUGAACCGCUUCUUCACCCUCCUCCACUCUUCGCACCCGGACCUCGCCUCCUCGGGCGGCAAGAGCUACAAGAUCCCUCCGCCGCAAUGUCUGCGCGAAGGCAACAAGAAGACGAUCUUCGCGAACAUAGCGGAGAUUUGUCGGCGGAUGAAGAGGACGGAUGAGCAUGUCACGCAGUUUUUGUUUGCGGAGUUGGGUACGAGUGGAUCGGUGGAUGGGUCGAGGCGGUUGGUGAUCAAGGGUCGGUUUCAGCAGAAGCAGAUUGAGAAUGUGCUGAGGCGGUACAUUGUGGAAUACGUGACUUGCAAAACCUGCCGAUCCCCGGAUACGGAGCUGAACAAGGGCGAGAACCGACUUUACUUCGUGACUUGCAACAGUUGUGGGAGCAGAAGGUCUGUCACGGCGAUUAAGACUGGUUUCAGUGCGCAGGUUGGCAAGCGGAAGAGGCAGCAGGGAUAGAGUUCGG